UCGGCGCUGCAGGCUCCGGUCCCGGCUGCGAGCGCCAGAGCCUCCCCCAGCGCUGCCCGGGCUGCCCAGGGGCAGCGGCAGCGGCAUGCCCAGGCGGAGCAUCGCGGAGGUGAAGGUGCUGGACGUGCAGAAGCGGCGUAUCCCCAACAAGCACUAUGUGUACAUCAUCAAAGUCACCUGGUCCAAUGGGUCCACAGAAGUCAUAUACCGACGGUACAGCAAGUUCUUUGACCUGCAGAUGCAAAUGCUGGACAAGUUUCCGAUGGAAGGAGGACAGAAGGACCCCAAGCAAAGGAUCAUCCCGUUUCUGCCAGGGAAGAUCCUUUUCCGCCGGAGUCACAUCCGUGAUGUUGCAGUCAAGCGCCUGAUACCUAUUGAUGAAUACUGCAAGGCUCUGAUCCAGCUGCCUCCAUACAUCUCCCAGUGUGAAGAGGUUCUCCAGUUCUUUGAGACACGACCUGAUGACUUGUCGCCCCCCAAAGAGGAGCCCAUUGGAAAGAAGAGGUCUGGUUUCUGGCUCACGUCUCUCACGCUGGGGUCCCCAGGGUGUCCUGGAGCUGCUUGCAGGCCAGCAGGUGCUCGGGAGCGAUGGCCCACACUCUUGGGAGCUGGUGCUGACCCCACCACACGGGUCGGUUCUUGUCCCCCCUGUGCAGGAGCUGACUCUGCAUCGGUCGACCCCUUGGUGCUGGAGCAGUAUGUCGUGGUGGCAGAGUACCAGAAGCAGGAGAGCUCCGAGAUCAGCUUGUGCGUGGGCCAGUUGGUGGAUAUCAUUGAGAAGAAUGAAUCAGGCUGGUGGUUUGUGAGCACAUCAGAGGAGCAAGGCUGGGUGCCAGCAACCUGCCUGGAGGCCCAGGAUGGUGUCCAGGAUGAGUUCUCAAUGCAGCCUGAUGAAGCUGAGAAGUACACAGUUAUUUACCCAUAUACUGCAAGAGACCAAGAUGAAAUGAACCUGGACAAAGGGGCUGUGGUAGAGGUGAUCCAGAAGAACCUGGAGGGCUGGUGGAAAAUCAGGUACCAGGGCCAAGAAGGCUGGGCCCCUGCCUCCUACCUCAAAAAGGCGAAUGGAGAGAUGUUCUCACAGAAGCUGGGCUCAGGCUCCUCCACUCAUUCGUGUGCCUUGGAUCUGGAUGGCAUCUCCCGGCAGCAGCCCAUGGCGAGCCGAGAGAAGGAUGGACUCUCUGGCCAAAGGGACGCGAGAUUCGACAGCCGCCCCCUCCCCAGCGCUGACAUCCGACGCAAGUCACCUAAGAUGAGGCAGAGACCCCCUCCUCGCCGAGAUCUCACCAUACCACGUGGUUUGAACUUGCCCAAACCUCCUGUCCCUCCUCAAGUGGAAGAGGAAUAUUACACCAUCGCUGAUUUCCAAACCACCAUCCCUGAUGGCAUCAGCUUCCAGGCAGGAAUGAAAGUAGAGGUUAUUGAGAAGAACCUGAGCGGCUGGUGGUACAUUCAGAUCGAGGAGAAGGAAGGCUGGGCCCCUGCUACAUUCAUCGAUAAGUACAAGAAAACCAGCAAUGCGUCCAGGCCUAAUUUCCUGGCUCCGCUUCCCAACGAGAUGGCCCAGCUCCGGCCGGGGGAUGCCAUGACCAACAGCAGCGCCAGCGAGGAAGUGACAGGACCGUGCCGUCCUCUGCCGGAGGCUCCUCCUAACAGCACAGACUGCGGAGGGAAGUGGGCCAAGGACUGGAAGGGGAAGGAGGCUCCUGAGAGCGGGGACCUAGCCUUUGCUGGUGGCUACGAGGAGAUCUCAGAUCGUGACACAGAAGAAAAGCCCAGCCUGCCACCCAGGAAGGAGUCCAUCAUCAAAUCAGAAGGCGAGUUACUAGAGAGGCAGAGGCCUCCCCCCAAGCCCCCAGGCAUGAUUUUGCCCAUGAUCCCACCCAAACAGUCGGCAGCCCCAAGGGACAGCAAGAAGCUUGAGGUGAAACCGGAGAAGGGCAAACUCUUCCAGCUGAAAAAUGAAAUGGGACUGGAAUGCGGACAUAAGGUGUCAGCCAAGGAAGUGAAGAAGCCAAACCUCCGGCCCAUUGUCAAGCCAACCAAGCCAAAAGCUGAGCCAGUGGAGGACAAGCCUGAGCCCAUCACCCAGAAUCCAUUCUUGAAGUCAAGACCUCAGAUCAGGCCAAAACCCGCUGCAGCCGCCCGGACUGACCCACCUCCAGCUGAUGAUAAACUGGACAUUUGCAGCCUGCGGAGCAAGCUUAGACCUGCCAAGUGCCCAGAGAAACCUUCCGAGCAGGACAUGCCUGCCAACGAAAGCUCCUUCAGUAAUGCCAUCCUAUCUUCAGAGGCUUCUGGAAGGUUUCAGGAACGACCAAGCAUGGAGAGCAAACCCCUGCCCAAACUGGACAGCCACACCACGAAAGAAGAGGUGCCCAAAUCUCCCCUGGGCCCAGCAAACACCCCAGGUGCCAAGGAGCCCCCGCCGCAGCGCCCCGUUGUGCCACCCCGCAGACCACCCCCCCCAAAGAAAACAGGGGGUCCUGCCUCUGGCCCCACGACAGAGAUCAGGGCCCUGGCACGGGAAGCACCUGAAACCAGGUCAUCCCCAGUGCCGGGGAGGCCCAUGCUGGUUCCUCCAAAAGCCAAGCCCUUCCUCUCUGCCUCCAUCCAAGAUGAAGCCAAAGUGAAAAGCAGCAUCAGCCCAAAGGUCAUAUCCAAGCCAGUGGAGAGAGGGGAAGCCAAGGAGAGGACCUCAGCCCCCAUCUCCAGUCCAGACAUCUCCAGGGAAGCUCUCUAUGUGGCAGUGGCAGAUUUUGAAGGUGACGAGGAGACCAACAGCUUUAAAGAAGGAACUGUGUUUGAAGUUCGUGAGAAGAACAGCAGUGGCUGGUGGUUUUGCAAGGUUCUGACUGGGGGGCCGUGCUGGGAGGGCUGGAUCCCUUCCAAUUACCUACGGAAGAAGCCAUAGCUGAUCCUCUGCUUGCACAGCUGAAGGUUCCCUGGUCUCUCACCUGAGUAUUUAAUUAGCAACUUAAUUUAUAGUUUUCCAUGAGGCUGGCUUUUAAAAAAAGAUAAUAAUUGAGAUCUCACACAUCCCAGCUGGUGCCCACUGGCAGCAGUGUGGAGGAAGCAGCUCAGCUUCCUCUCCCCACCUGUGUGCUCCCCCCCACCACCAUCCUCUUCCCCAUGUUCCCCCCAGGCCUGCACUCCCUGGCCAUGCCAGCAGCCCGGCCAUGCAGCCAGAGUUGCUCUGGCCAAGCUUCGUGGCAUACGAUGGCUACCAUGGUUCUUUGUGCUGGAGAGGUAGCCCUUGAUAGGCAUUUUUGCCACUUGUGCUAGGUAUUAAAAAGAAAUUCCUCUGGCAGUAGCCAGGGGGAGAAGUGAAGUGUGGAAUGGUACCAGCGAAGGAGACCUGGCAACACAAAAGGAUUUGCCUUUCCCUGAGGCCCAGUUUCAUGGUCAAAUGUUGUAGGUGACAUUUCUUAGUCCAGGUUUGUAGCAGAGCCAUAGGGAAUGAAGCAAAAAAGAGGAAUGAUUGCUGAUAACAGGGUCCCUGUUGCUCUGCAGGCACAGGCAUUGGGCUCCAGUUGAAGGCUGUGCCUUUCUCCCACUCUGUGCCUGCCACAGGAGCCUCCCUUGGUCCUUCCCUGCUCUACAAUGACAAGUGUUAACUUCGACAUCCUCCUGGUGGGAAAAAAACAAAAACAAGCAAACAGAAAAAUACCCAGAUGCAGACAUGUAUAGAACAUGGGUCCUCGCUGUGCUGAUCCAGGAUGCUGUGCAGGCUUCUCCCUUGCAGUAUUGCAACCAAACAACAAGAGGCGUUUUGCUUCAGUAGCUGAAGAAUACUAUGCAAGGCACAGAGGACCAAAAUGACACCAGAAGCCCUGGAAAAGGGAUGUUUUGCUUUCCUUCCCAUACAGACUGCCCUGCCUGUUGGACUAAUAGGGGACCACCCGUUCCCGUGACCCACAGAGCUUCCCUGGGCUGGUGGGCAGCAGCCAGGAGGUGGGUCCUUCAGUAGGUGCUGAUAUUAUCAAGUGCAAUCCAGAAUGUGGGAGUUCAGCUCCUCAUCACAACCAGUUGCAAGGUGUGUCUGGUGCUCAGGGGCUCCCUGCCUUGUUUGUCACCCUAUCUGCCUGUCUUCCAGGUACUUUGAUUUUAUCCUGCAUGGUGGGCUGUUUGGGGGGCUUCAGAUCAAGCAGAGCCUGGGGUUUAUCCGUGCUGACGUUCCUGCCUGCCAAGUCUAAUCUUGCCCACAGUGUUGCUUAUCCCAGCAGGAAGAUAAGUGUGGAUGAGCUGGUGUUACCCUGUGUUGCUUGCUUCCCUUCUGUACUUGGCUACUUGCAGAUUCAGGGCCACAGUUUCCUCUCUCUGGAAGAACUUUAAACCUGGUGCUUCUGUGGGUUUCUUGUUUACCAAGCCCCUUUGCCCUUCCUAGUCUAAUUUUAAAUGUGAGUGCUGCAGCUGCAUUGUUUUGCUGCUAAUAUAUAUAUAUAAAAUUUUCACUCUAAUUUGAGGCUGGCAGAAUUGAAGGAGUGUUCUCUGGGCCCCCCCCUCAAGUGCUCACUUCCUUCUCUGUCCCAUAUUUUCUACCCUGGAAAUGUGGCGUUGAAGGUAUCUCUGCAUACAGAAUGAAAAUGGUGAUGCCUCAGGUGAAGUUUGUGCUGGGAGGGUCAUGGGGCAGUUUGUCCCAGUCCUUGUUUGGUCUGAUAGAGAAGUCCUGACCACCCCAGUCUAGCCUCAUAUCCAGAAGCCCCAGGAAUGUUUAGCCAUGGGAAUACAUGCACUCCAGUCUCCAGCUGAUUCCUCUCCCUCCCACCUACAGGUUUCUCUGGUGCCACAUCAGCCUCUGCUCAAGCUGACUCACCUGAGCUGGCAAUAAGCAAUACAUCUGCAACCCAAUCCAAUUUAAAAAUUCCUUGGCAUGGCACGUUGUGAGGUGUUGAUGUGCUCCUGGGAGAGCUGCAGGGUGGGCUAGGGGAACAAUGCUGCCUUGUCUCUGUGCAUCUCUUGCUCCAGUAAAUCCCUUUCACUUUGGAAAGGAAUGGGGACAGGAUGAGUUAAGCCAGAGCUGCUCAGUGGCCAGAUCCAGCCCCCACUGUAUCUGGGGAGAAGGCUGGGCCUGUGUCCCCUGUCUGCUCUGGCAGUUUGCCACAGGGGGUGGAAAGGCUGUGUGCCCUUUCCCCAUGGCACUGUGUCCUUGCUUUCUCUUUGCUGAAUGGCCUUUUAAUCUCAGAAGUAUCUCUCCUUUCUCUGUCCCAGAGACCUCACUGCCCUCAGCUUUCCUUGGAGGGGACAAUGUUAUUUCUGUUGCCUCUGUACUAAAUGAGGGCUGUUUCUGCUUUCCUCCCAGACUGAACCUCAGAACUGGUACUGCUUCAUUUUGCUGACACAAGUACUGUAUUUGGCUUCUUGAGCAUGUGACAGGAUUGCUCCCUUGUUCCCAAAAAGCUUCCAAGAAGGCAGGGUGAGUGCCCAAGGUGAGGGGGGGUGUCACCCUCUGUAGGGUGCUGACACCUGCAGCCUUACCCCUUCCUGCUGCUUUUCUGUCUGGGAUGAGAGCACAGGCUGGACAUGGGCUCCUGUCAAGAAGAGCUGAGAGCCAUUGAGCUAGCAGGGCUUUGCCCUCCCCUGUCCAACAUGUGCUCCCCUCCCUAGGUUUGGCAGCCACAUGUGUCCUCUGCCAGGCUGUCUCCUGUCUGUUCAUUGCCUGUCAAAUGUGGCCAAGCUCCCUGACUACCUCGUGAGGAGGAGGAGGGUGGGUGGGAGCCUCAGCACCCUGAGCUUGGCCACAAGAUGCAUCACCCCAUAAUCCAAGGACCACCCUCCCUCCUUGCCCACCACCAGCACAGCCCUGAGGCCAGGGCUUGUGGCAAGGGGGCACUGCCACAGCUUGGGGUGGGCGAGCCAGGUGUUGGGGAGGUCCUGGGGCUCCACACAUCUAUGGCAGGCUGGAGGCCCCUGCUGCGUCCUGCUCCUUCUCACAGGCUUUCCAAGUCCAUUUGUCUGUCCAUGUCUCCCUAUAUUAUGUAAGUGUGUAUAAAUCUACAUUACCGUGGGCGGGUGGGGGGUCAGCAGAAGGUAGAUGUAGCUCUGUAAAUGCCAUAUCUAGACUUUCAACACUAGGGGACUGUUUUUUGUGUUGUGUUUUUUGUGUUUUGUUUUGUUUUUAAAUUUGGUGGGGGUUUCUUGGUGGGUUUUUUGUUUGUUUGUUUUCUUUUUUUAAGAAAUAAAAAUCAAGUGCUUGACUGGUUUCAAGCACCCUUGUGAA